CCCAGCCCAAGUUAUCCAUCUCUCGGCGGCUCAUGCAUCCUUCUCGAUUUCUGAUCACUGAAGAUGACGACUUGACUUAUUUUCGGUUGUCGUUUUUGGCUAUCUUUGAUCACUCGGGUGGUUGGGGAAGACAAUCAGAGAAUACAUGGGAUUCCCAAAUGAUAAUCGUCUAAACAAUUAAAAUAACUUGAAAAGGUAAAAACAAAAGAAGUCAAAGUUAAGGCGAGAAGACCAGAAUUCACCAUUGUUGUCUUGAUCAAUGGAUGGAGGAGGAGCUUCUGGUGGUGGCCCGGCGCCUUUCCUAAUAAAGACAUACGAAAUGGUGGAUGAUAUGAAAACAGAUAGCAUAGUCUCAUGGAGCUCAACAAAGAAGAGCUUUGUGGUGUGGAAUCCACCUGAAUUCCAACGUGUUCUCCUCCCUUCCUACUUUAAGCACAAUAAUUUCUCGAGCUUCAUCCGCCAGCUCAACACCUAUGGAUUCAGGAAAGUAGACCCCGAGAGGUGGGAAUUUGCCAACGACGACUUCAUAAAAGACCAAAAGCACCUCCUCAAGAACAUCCACCGCCGAAAGCCCAUCCACAGCCACAGCCAGCCUCCGAGCCCGGCCGACCCCGAACGGGCCUCAUUCGAGGAAGAGAUCGACAGGCUGUCCCGUGAGAAAGCCCAUCUCAAGGCCAACAUUUCGGGCUUCAAGGAGCAACAAUCCACUGCAAGGGCUCAGCUCGAAACCCUAACCCAGCGUAUAACCAGCAUGGAGCAAAAGCAGAAGCAGCUCCUGAGCCACGUAGAAAAAGCACUCGAAAACCCCGAUUUUGUCGAGCACCUGGCUCGGAAGCUCGACUCCAUGGAUUUCUCUGCGUACAGCAAGAAAAGGAGAUUGCCCGCAUCCAAUCAUGAGGAAGUGAAUGCACUCAGGCUCGAGCUUUCGCCAGCUGUCUCGGAUGUGAACCUGCCUUCUCACAGCACGCAGAGCUCGAACGAGGAAGUGAAUGUUCGGGCCCCACCGGGCCUGGAGCUUUCGGACACUGGGGCUUCGUUUACGCGGAAGAUGGACUCUCUGUCAUUCAGAUCUGGGCCCGGGAGCCCGACAUUGCUUUCCCUUAAUUGUAAUAAUAACGUGAGCUUGAAUGCUACUGAUGGUGAGGAUGCGAAUCUUUCGUGCCUCUUGAAUCUCUCGCUUGCAUCUUCAUCCCCAUUGGAGGUCAAUAGUAAAAGCCAGAAGUCGGUUGGGGAGAAUAGUGAAGGCCGUGAUAGGGCUGCUCUCGUGAAGGAUACAACACUUGGUGGUGCUGUUGAUGGCGGUCGAGAUUUGUCUUCGGCUCGCGAUGCAAAUAACAAGAAGGUGGGGCCCGUGAUGGUUAAUGAUGUGUUUUGGGAGCAGUUUCUGACCGAAAGACCUGGCUGUGCGGAUAAUGAAGAGGCCAGGAAUGCGUAAAGAAAAAAAAAAUCGGUGCAUUUUGGUUCGUGGGUGUUGGAAUUUUCCAUAACAUGACGUUUUAUGUGUGUAGAAUGAUGUAAUGUGUUUCUUGAACGAAUAUGCUUAGAUAAUCUUUACAGUUUACACUCAGCAAGAAGAGAUGUGAUUUUAGUAAUAAAAGUAGAAUUUUAUCUUCUAAUAAAGUGUCUUGAUUUUAGUUUCUUUAAGAGGGUCAUGUUCUUGUAUGAUCGAAUCAAGUGAAGUAGAUGGGCUGGUCUAUAUACAGUUUGUUCUUACUGAGUACAAUAAUUUUAUCAUCUUCAGCAUUGAAAGUUGAAACUGUA